AUGUCUAGUCACGAAUCCACCAACAUGAAGCUGCCACCGAUCCAGUCCACGGCCGGUGCCGUUCCGGUCCGGAACGAGAAAGGUGAGCUGUCCAUGGAAAAGGUGAAGGUGAAGCGUUAUGUAUCGGGCAAGCGGCCGGACUACGCGCCCAUGGAGUCCUCGGACGAGGAGGAGGAGGAGUUCAAGUUCGUCAAGACGGGGAAGGAGGUGGAGCCGGAGGUGGAGCUGGAGGAGGAGGAGGUGUCCGACCCCCGUCUGAAGCGUCUGCUCAACCGCGUGUCGGAGGACGUGGAGGAGAGGCUGGCGAGGCACCGGCAGAUCGUGGAGCCGGAGGUGGUGGCGGAGAGCAGCGAGGACUCUGACGAGGGGACGUGGCACCCGGAGCGGGAGGAGAGCAGCGAGGAGGAGGAGGAGGAGGAAGAGGAGGAGGAGGAAGUGGACGACGAGGAAAUCGAGAGGCGGCGCGCCAUGAUGCGCCAGCGCGCGCAGGAGAGGAAGAACGAGGACAUGGAGGUCAUGGAGGUGGAGGAGGAGGGCAAGUCCGGGGAGGAGUCGGAGUCGGAGUCGGAGUACGAGGAGUACACGGACAGCGAGGACGAAGCCGAGCCCCGGCUCAAGCCCGUCUUCAUCCGCAAGAAGGACCGGGUGACGGUGGCGGAGCGGGAGGCGGAGGAGCUGAAGCAGAAGGAGCUGGAGGCCGAGGCCAAGAAGCAGGCGGAGGAGCGGCGGCGCUACACGCUGAAGAUCGUGGAGGAGGAGGCCAAGAAGGAGUUCGAGGAGAACCGGCGCACGCUGGCCGCGCUGGAGGCGCUGGACACGGACGGCGAGAACGAGGAGGAGGAGUACGAGGCCUGGAAGGUCCGCGAGCUCAAGCGCAUCAAGAGGGACCGCGAGAUCCGGGAGGCCAUGGAGAGGGAGAAGGCGGAGAUCGAGAGGUUCCACAGCCUGACGGAGGAGGAGCGGCGGGCCGAGCUGCGAAACAGCGGCAAGAUGGUGACCAACAAGGCCUCCAAGGGCAAAUACAAGUUCCUGCAGAAGUACUACCACCGGGGAGCCUUCUUCAUGGAUGAAGAGGAGGACGUCUACAAACGGGACUUCAGCGCGCCCACGCUGGAGGACCACUUCAACAAGACCAUCCUGCCCAAAGUCAUGCAGGUGAAGAACUUUGGCCGGUCAGGACGCACCAAGUACACGCACCUGGUGGACCAGGACACCACGUCCUUCGACUCGGCCUGGGCCCAGGAGAGCGCCCAGAACAGCAAGUUCUUCAAGCAGAAGGCGGCCGGCGUCAGGGACGUGUUCGACCGGCCCACCGUCAAGAAGAGGAAGACCUGA